AAGAGAGAUAAAUCAAUGAACAGUCCAGAUCUUACCCAGACUUUUCACGGGCAGAUCUCAUCGCCUUUAAGAUGCCACCCUAGCCUUCAUCUCUUCCUCGCUCUGAAUAGGGUAGUCUCUCAAACCCUAACGUUUCAUUCUGCCUCGAUUUUGCGAUUCCGAUUCGACGCCUCUUUGUUUUGGCGGCGCGUGGGAUGGUUUAGUGGCGCGUGGUGGUCGCGCCUUGUUUUGAUUCAUGGUUUCUGGUUCACCUGCAUUGGAGAAUCGUUGCCGGAACUCUGCCGGCACCUGGUCGGGCUGCCCCGAGCACCUUUUCACAUGGCUUCUGCCGUCUUAGCCAAUCGGAACGAACCUGAUUGGACGCAGCCGAGAGGUGGCGCUAAAUUCAUGGGAAAAAUUCCUUUCUCUAACCCUAACCCUAAAUUUUCUAAAAAAAGACAAUUCCUCGCAGCACAUGCCGUUGACAUUGAUGAAUCGCCGGCCGUUACUCAAUCGGUUGCAUCUGAUGACGCUUCUUCCAUAAAUCGGAGGCCUAGCGAUGUCAAUUCCGGUGGGUACGUCACUUUCAACGUAGCCUCGUACUCGAAGAAGGAACUCACUGAGCUCAAAAGCCGCCUGCUCUCGGAGCUCGAGCAGAUUCGGCAGUUGAAAAACCGCAUCGAAGCCAACGAUUUCCACAUCAGAUCAAGCUCAAAGGUUUUGCCACCAAAAAAAUCAGCAAACAAAAAUAUUUCCGGCAACAAGCGUCCCGUGCCAUCUAGCUUCGGAAAUGAUUUUAAGAAAUCGACUUCAGAUCCGGAGAUUGCUCCACUGAUGAAGGGUUGUGGCCAAGUCUUGGCGAAGUUGAUGAAGACCAAGCACGGCUACAUCUUCAACAAACCGGUGGACGUGGUGGGGCUGGGACUUCACGAUUACCCUGACAUUAUCAAGCACCCGAUGGAUCUAGGAACCGUGAAGUUAAAGCUGGGUAAGAAUUUGUACGAAUACCCUCUCGAUUUUGCCGCCGACGUGAGAUUGACCUUCAACAAUGCGAUGGCUUACAAUCCUAAGGGCCACGAUGUGUAUGUCCUUGCCGAUCAGCUCCUUGGAAGAUUUGAGGAGUUGUUUCGUCCGCUGAAUAUGAAAUUGGGUGAUGAGAAGCGGCAAGAGCGGGAUUACCAUGAAGAGUUUCAGUCAUCUUCUUGGAAUCGUAGUGAGCCAGAGAGGGUGAGAAAAGAUAACGACGACUAUGUUGCACAAAAACCUUCAUCUGAGCUAGAAAUGAGGAACCCAGCAAGCGUCUCAAACCCUGAUCCGAAUGCACAAUCGACGACCAUGCAGAUGCCUGUGAGGACUCCAUCCCCGAUGCGAGCUCCACCUGUGAAGUCGGUGAAGCAACCCAAGCCAAAGGCAAAGGACCCGAACAAGAGGGAAAUGAGUAUGGAAGAAAAGCACAAGCUGGGACUUGGUUUGCAGAGUUUGCCGUCAGAGAAGAUGGAACAGGUUGUUCAGAUUAUAAGAAAGAGGAAUGGGCAUUUGAGGCAGGACGGUGAUGAGAUUGAGCUCGAUAUUGAGGCGGUGGACACAGAGACUCUUUGGGAGCUUGAUCGGUUUGUGACCAAUUAUAAGAAGAUGGUUAGCAAGAUUAAACGGCAACAUCUCAUGGGUAUCAAUGUACCUGCCAAUGAAGUCCACAAGGAGGAGGUACCUGCAAAUGAGAGAAUUGAAGUUGCAGCUGAGCCUAAGAAGCUGAAGAAAGGGGAUGCUGCUGGAGAUGAAGAUGUGGACAUUGGUGAUGAGAUGCCAAUGAGCAGCUUCCCACCAGUGGAGAUUGAGAAGGACAAUGGCCAUGCCAGCAGUGAUUCAAGCAGCUCCAGCAGCUCAAGCAGUGAUUCAUCCUCAUCAAGUGAUUCAGAUUCAGGGAGCUCGUCAGGGAGUGAUUCUGAUGAUGCACAAUCUUAACAUUUCAGAUUGUGAAGAAUGAGGAAUGAGGUAGAAGGGACGCCUUGAAGUUUUAAGUGAUAUGGAUGAGGAAUAUGUUUGUGUAUUCUCGUGCUGAACUGGCUUUGAAAGAGUUGAUUGAUGGCUUUUGGCUGAAAGUGUGGUUGACAUGGUUUGCAUUUUGUGGGAGAGGAAAGGCUUGGAAAGCAAAGGGAAGAAGUUCCAGUAGGUUUUAGACUUGAGAAAGGGUAGAGAAAAGUAGUGAACAGAGUUGUUUAAGUAGUUAGAGAGAAAAUUAGAAGGCUUGAAAUACCCCUUUUGUACACAUUACAACACUAAUACAUGAGUUCAUCUUUGCAUUGUCAAAGACUUUUGCAAUUCAAUCCUCCCUUUUAACAA